UGUUGUCGGUGCAAUCAUGACCGCGUAUGGUAUAGCGGCACCUCACUUGGGCUCAGCCGCGAAGAUAAUUAUGGUAUUCUACAACAGUGCUACAGGACCUUUUGUUGGCCUAUUUUUUAUGGCGUUGGUCUUCCCAUGGGCGAAUGGCCUAGGCGCUGCAGUUGCGACAACGCUGCUGAGUGGCCUGACAUUAUGGCAAGCAAUUGGGAAAACAUUCAGCGGCAUUAGGUUUCCCAAGAUGCCUGUCACGACUGAACUUUGUCCAGCGAAUAUGACAUUUUCUGGUGUUCCCAUCAAUGAACAAAGCAAUGUGAAUGUCGACUAUCUGUUCCCUCUCUACAAGUUUUCGUCAUAUUGGAGUGGAUUUCUUAGUGCUGCUCUUACCAUUAUACUUGGCUUAGCGUUGAGCCUAUUAACAGGUGGACGCAAGCAGUGCGUCAAGAACAUACCAUUAACAUCAGGCUUGUUCAUCACUCUGUGGCGGAAGCUUAGACUGGUCAGCAAGAGUGAGCCGAUCUGUCAAACGACAAAUUCAUUAAUGAAAAAUGCUUCUUACAACGAGUCAACAGAAGAAAAUCAUGCAACACCUGUUUAACAAUACAUAUAUGUU